AUGCCUAGAGGUGAUGCAAUAUCAUCAGGUAAAAAUAAAUUAGGUUUAACAUUACCUGAAGUACCAAAAGAUCCCAAUGAACAAAAUCAUGGUGAAAAUGGUAUUCCGGAAGUAUGUAUUGAACGUUUACAAGAGGAAUUUAAACAACUCGAUUGUACUGACAAACAAAAAGAUCGUAUGGAAGAAUUUUUUAAUUCAAAACGAGCUGUUGGAGAAUUAAAACAAGAUGAUCUUGUUAAUAUAUGCGAAUUAGGUCAAGGAAAUGGAGGUGUUGUUUGGAAAGUUCGUCAUAAACCAACAAAUAAAAUUAUGGCUCGAAAGCUCAUCUACUUGGAAGUAAAACCGGCGUUAAAAAAUCAAAUUAUUCGAGAAUUGAAGGUACUUCAUCAAUGUAAUUCACCAUAUAUCGUUGGAUUUUAUGGAACAUUUGCAGUUGAAGCUCAAAUUAGUAUUUGCAUGGAAUAUAUGGACGGUGGCUCUUUAGAUUUGAUUUUAAAGAAAUUUAUGCGUAUUCCUGAAAAUAUUCUUGGCAGAAUUACUGUUGCUGUUCUUCGUGGUUUAAGUUAUUUAAGAGAACGACAUCGUAUUAUGCAUCGCGAUGUUAAACCAUCAAAUAUACUUGUUAAUCAACAAGGUGAAAUAAAACUAUGUGAUUUUGGUGUUAGUGCACAAUUAGUUGAUUCAACAGUACAAACAUUUAUUGGUACUCGAUCGUAUAUGUCUCCUGAAAGACUUGAAGGUGCACAUUAUGGAGUAAUGAGUGAUAUAUGGUCAUUAGGUCUUUCACUUGUUGAAAUGGCUGUUGGUCGAUAUCCAAUUCCUCCGCCAGCAACAAAAGAUAUUGAUGAUUUAUUUCAUGAAGAUCCACAUGGAAAUCGUCCUCGACCUGAAGGAUAUGGAUGUUAUAAAAGUUUAGCUAUAUUUGAAUUAAUGGAAUGGAUUAUUAAUGAAGACCCACCAUCACUACCACGUACACAUUUUUCUCCUGAUUUUUGUGAUUUUAUCGAUCGUUGUUUGAAAAAAAGUACAUCAGAACGAGCUGAUUUAAAUACACUUUUAAAUCAUCCAUUUUAUAAACGAUAUGAAAACGAAAGUGAUAGUCAAGAUGUUGCUAACUGGAUAAAACAAGUCUUUCGAGUCGAUUCGGAUGUUCCAAAUGAUAAUAAUCAACGACGUGUUGGAACUUAA